AUGCCAACUGUCUCCGCUGUCAAUCUCACGGCACCACUCCUCCUGUUGUUGCUAUGGGCAACCCACCCCACCAUGGCAACCAACUGGCUCUCCCUAGCGAGGCUGCCGCGCUCAAGGCCCAUAUCCGGCGCUGCCCCGUGUGGUCGGCUGAGGGGGCUGUCCCCGGGGCAGGUGGGGGUGUGCAGGGCGCGGGGGGAGGUCAUGGUGUCCAUACGCAAGGCAGCAGAGAUGGUCAUAGAGGAGUGCCAGCACCAGUUCAGUAAUCGCCGCUGGAACUGCUCUACCACCCCACGUGGCGUGAACGUGUUCGGCAGAGUCAUGAACCAAGGCACACGAGAGGCAGCCUUUGUGCACGCUUUGUCCUCUGCAGCCGUGGCGGUGGCCGUGACGCGAGCCUGCAGUCGGGGGGAGCUGGAGCGGUGUGGCUGCGACAGGAAGGUCAGAGGGGUCAGCCCUGAGGGGUUCCAGUGGUCGGGGUGUAGCGACAACUUGUCCUAUGGCGUGGCCUUCUCCCAAACCUUCGUGGACGAGCCGGAGCGUGCCAAAGGGCUGUCGACGGGACGACCUCUCAUGAAUAUCCACAACAAUGAAGCCGGCAGGAAGGCCAUCCUGCACAACAUGCAGGUGGAGUGCAAAUGUCACGGCGUCUCGGGCUCCUGCGAGCUGAGGACUUGCUGGAAGGUCAUGCCGCCGUUCAGGCGUGUCGGCUCCGUGCUCAAGGAACGCUUCGACGGAGCUACCGAGGUCCGCCUGACUCGUAUAGGGUCCAGGACGGCGCUGCUGCCUCGUGACCCUCAGGUCAAACCCCCCGCUGCUAGAGACCUGGUGUACCUUGCUGCCUCUCCCGAUUUCUGUCUCCUCGACCCGGACAACGGUAUUCCCGGAACCGCUGGAAGGCGGUGCAAUGGCACCUCUCGGCUGGCGCCGGACGGCUGUGAGCUGGUGUGCUGCGGGCCGGGGUACCGCGCGGGUCGGGCUGAAGUCGUGCAGCGCUGCUCGUGCAAGUUCUCCUGGUGCUGCUCGGUCCGCUGCCAGCAGUGCAAGAACACGGUCACCAUCCACACCUGCAGAGUAUGA